CACCCGCGUCCCCCGCGCCUCUCCUCCCCGCCCGGGCCCUGCGCCCCUGGCCGCCCCGGCCCCUUCUGCGGAGGCAGAGACUCCGCGCGUCGCCAUUUCUGGACCAGGCUGCUGCUUUCCGUGCUUUUUCUGCGGGCUCCUCUGCGAGCGACCGCGCCGGGGACCGACCCGCGCCUGGGUCGGGGUUUUGCGAGCGCCUCCCGGGGCUUCGGCCCCGCGCUCCACGGCUUUGGACGCGUUCAAUUGGAUUUGGGCCGGGGGGCGGGCCGAGGGGCUCGGCGGAGAUGAGAGCCCGGCCUCGGGCCGCCUUCGUCUUCCAGAAAGGAGGCUCAGAUGAGCCCCUGCUGACUUGAGAGAGAGAGAGAGACCACGCUGAUUGCUGAGAGGAACUGGAAGAAGAAAAAAAAUUCCCAAACUCAGUGAGAAGCAAGAACUCGCUCACCAUGAGUAGCGCUGUGUUGGUUACUCGCCUGCCAGACCCCAGCAGCAGCUUCCGAGAGGAUGCUCCCCGGCCCCCGGUUCCGGGGGAGGAAGGGGAGACCCCACCCUGCCAGCCUGGGGUGGGAAAGGGCCAGGUCACCAAACCUCUGCCCGUCUCCUCCAACACCAGGCGCAAUGAGGAUGGGCUGGGGGAGCCGGAGGGGCGGGCAUCUCCGGACUCCCCUCUGACCAGGUGGACCAAGUCAUUGCACUCCUUGCUGGGCGAUCAAGACGGUGCUUAUCUCUUCCGGACUUUCCUGGAGAGGGAGAAAUGCGUGGAUACUUUAGACUUCUGGUUUGCCUGCAAUGGAUUCAGGCAGAUGAACCUGAAGGAUACCAAAACUCUGCGAGUGGCCAAAGCGAUCUACAAAAGGUACAUCGAGAACAACAGCAUUGUCUCCAAGCAGCUGAAACCUGCCACCAAGACUUACAUAAGAGAUGGCAUCAAAAAGCAACAGAUUGAUUCCAUCAUGUUCGACCAGGCGCAGACCGAGAUCCAGUCGGUGAUGGAGGAAAAUGCCUACCAGAUGUUUUUGACUUCUGAUAUAUACCUCGAAUAUGUGAGGAGUGGGGGAGAAAACACAGCUUAUAUGAACAGCGGGGGACUCGGGAGCCUAAAGGUCGUGUGUGGCUAUCUCCCCACCUUGAAUGAAGAAGAGGAAUGGACUUGUGCUGACUUCAAGUGCAAACUUUCACCCACUGUGGUUGGCUUGUCCAGCAAAACUCUGAGGGCUACAGCGAAUGUGAGGUCCACGGAAACUGUCGAAAAUGGAUACAGGCCCUUCAAGAGGAGCGAUCCUGUUAAUCCAUACCACGUAGGCUCUGGCUAUGUCUUUGCACCAGCCACCAGUGCCAACGAUAGUGAGAUAUCCAGCGACGCACUGACUGAUGACUCCAUGUCCAUGACGGACAGCAGCGUAGAUGGAAUCCCUCCUUACCGCGUGGGGAGUAAGAAACAGCUCCAGAGAGAAAUGCAUCGCAGCGUGAAGGCCAAUGGCCAAGUGUCUCUACCUCAUUUCCCGAGAACCCACCGCCUGCCCAAGGAGAUGACCCCCGUGGACCCCGCGGCCUUCGCGGCCGAGCUGAUCUCCAGACUGGAGAAGCUGCAGCUGGAGCUGGAGAGUCGGCACAGCCUGGAGGAGCGUCUGCAGCAGAUCCGAGAGGAUGAAGAGAAGGAGGGCCCCGAGCUGAUGCUGGGCUCCCGAGACGGGACGCCUGCCCAGCACCCCCUCUCCCUCCUGCCCUCUGGCAGCUACGAAGAGGACCCGCAGACAAUUCUGGACGACCACCUGUCCAGGGUCCUCAAGACCCCCGGCUGCCAGUCCCCCGGCGUGGGCCGCUACAGCCCGCGCUCCCGCUCCCCUGACCACCACCACCACCACCAGCAGCUGUACCACCCCCUCCUCCCCCCGGGGGGCAAGCUGCCCCCCGCCGCCUCGCCAGCCGGCUGCCCCCUGCUCGGGGCCAAGGGCUUCGUGACCAAGCAGACCACGAAGCACGUCCACCACCACUACAUCCACCAUCACGCCCUCCCCAAGACCAAGGAGGAGGUGGAGGCGGAGGCGGCACACAGGGUGCGCUGCUUCUGCCCCGGGGCCCCCGAGUAUUACUGCUACUCCAAGUGUAAGAGCCACCCCAAGGCUCCGGAGCCCGGGCCCACAGAGCAGUUCGGUGGCAGCCGAGGCAGCACCCUGCCCAGGCGCAGUGCCAGAGCCUCCGAGCCCAGCCUUGCCCUGGCCUCCAGGGAAGGAGCCGGGGCCCUGCAACUGCCUGGGGAGGAAGGAGACAGGUCGCAGGAUGUCUGGCAGUGGAUGCUGGAGACGGAGCGGCCCAGCAAGCCCAAGCCCCAUAGUGCCCAAAGCACAAAAAAGGCCUACCCGUUGGAGUCUGCCCGUGUGCCCCCUGCCGAGCGAGCUGGCCGGCACCACCUGUGGGGAGGCAGCAGCGGGCACCCUCGAGCCGCCGCUCGCGCCCACCCGUUUACCCAGGACCCUGCGAUGCCUCCCCUGACCCCACCCAACACGCUGGCACAGCUGGAGGAGGCCUGUCGCAGGCUGGCCGAGGUGUCGAAACCCCCAAAGCAGCGGUGCUGUGUGGCCAGUCAGCAGAGGGACAGGAACCACUUGGCCAAUGGUCAGACAGGAGCCACACCCUUCUCCACCCCAAGCCUGGCUGCAGAAGAUCACAAAGAGCCAAAGAAACCAGCAGGGGUCCACGCGCUCCAGGCCAGCGAGCUGGUCGUCACGUACUUUUUCUGUGGAGAAGAAAUUCCAUACAGGAGGCUGCUGAAGGCUCAGAGCCUGACCCUCGGCCACUUUAAAGAGCAGCUCAGCAAAAAGGGAAAUUAUAGGUAUUACUUCAAGAAAGCAAGUGACGAGUUUGCCUGCGGAGCGGUGUUUGAGGAGAUCUGGGACGACGAGGCCGUGCUCCCCAUGUACGAGGGCAGGAUUCUGGGCAAGGUGGAGAGGAUCGACUGAGCCGCGCCGUCGGCGGAGGCUGGCGACGGGCCGGGGCGCGCACGAUCUGGGGCGACGCGGCGGCGCCCCCCACGAGCGAAGGCAGGGUCCUGGGCAAGGCGGACGCGAGCGACUGAGCCGCGCCGUCCAGCUGUGGCCAGCGGUGGGCCUGGCCUGGGACGCGCAGGCCGGCGACCGCCACGCAGCACGUCGAAGGGGAAAAAACAACCAAUGAAAACGACGUCUGGGGAAGAAUUGGCCGCUGGGCCUUCGGGAGGGUGGGGGGAGGUUGGUUUUCAUUAUUCACGGGCUGGGUACUGAGAUAAGAAAAAGCCUGAACUAUUUAUUAAAAACGACCACUCUUGGC